AGACCAAUUGAACCAGAGCUCAGAGAGAGAGAGAGAGAGAGCGCAUUAUCGGCUACAUUGCAGUAAGCAAAGCAUGGGAGGUGACGCGACGAACUGGGACGAAGACACCUACAGGGAAGCCAUACUCAAGGAGAGGGAGAUCCACACCCGAACCGUCUUCAGAACUCUUUGGCCUCCUUCCCCAAACCCUAACAAUCCCGACUCCAUUGUCGUCGCCUCCAGCGACGGAUCGCUCGCUUCCUACUCCAUUUCCUCCAUCAUCUCCGAGCUCCCAUUGGGAUUCACCAACGCUAAAGCUCCACACUUGUUUGUGGCUGAACCUGAUUGCUUCCUUCAAGCGCAUGAUGGACCUGUUUAUGAUGCCAAAUUCUAUGGAGAUGGUGAAGAUGCUUUAUUGCUAAGUUGCGGAGACGACGGGCGGAUACGAGGAUGGAGGUGGAAGGAUUGUACGGAAUCUAUGGUGCCUAUUCCUUUUCAGGGAAAGCACAUGAAGCCAGUUUUGGACCUGGUGAAUCCUCAACAUAAAGGUCCUUGGGGAGCUCUAUCUCCAAUCCCUGAAAACAAUGCCAUUGCUGUUAAUGUUUUGGGGGGAUCCGUUUAUUCCGCUGCUGGUGAUUCUUGUGCUUAUUGUUGGGAUUUGGAGAGCUGUCAAGUCAAAAUGGUUUUCAAGGGACACUCUGACUACUUGCAUUGUAUUAUUGCUAGAAACUCUACUGAUCAGAUCAUAACUGGUUCAGAAGAUGGAACAGCACGAAUAUGGGAUUGCAGGAGUGGAAAAUGCAUUCAAGUCAUUGAGCCGAGGAAGGAAAUGAAGUCGAAAGGAUUGUCCUCUUAUGUUGGUUGCAUUGGUCUUGAUGCUAGCGAAAGCUGGUUGGCUUGUGGCAGUGCUAGGAGUUUAUCGGUUUGGAAUCUUCCUGCUUCUGAAUUUAUUUCUAGGAUCUCAACUCCUGCAUCUGUGCAGGAUGUAGUAUUUGAUGAAAAUCAAAUACUAGCUGUUGGAGCUGAACCUCUGCUCUACCGCUUCGACAUAAAUGGGGCGAUUCUUUCACAAAUACAAUGUGCGCCUCAGUCAGCUUUCUCUGUCUCAUUACAUCCUUCUGGGGUCACAGCAGUUGGUGGCUAUGGAGGUCUCGUCGAUGUUAUCUCACAAUUUGGAAGCCACUUGUGCACGUUCCGCUGCCAAUUUGAAAAUAACUCAAGCCAUAUUUUCUCUCAACUCCGAGGUAGAUCCGACCGCGGAGUUUGGGAAACCCUAAUUCGCUCUUUCGCAGAUCUUCAACUUCUCUUCAUCGUCUUCGUCGCGUCUCUACAAAAGCUCUUUUUUGAUUCAGCCAUGGCGGGAGUAGCAGAAGGAUCGCAAUUCGAUGCGCGUCAGUUCGAUGCUAAGAUGAAUGAUAUACUUUCAGCUGAUGGGCAAGAUUUCUUUACAACUUAUGAUGAAGUGUACGACACUUUUGAUGCUAUGGGUUUGCAUGAGAAUCUUCUGAGGGGCAUUUAUGCUUAUGGUUUUGAAAAGCCUUCAGCGAUUCAACAAAGGGGAAUUGUUCCUUUCUGCAAGGGUCUUGAUGUGAUUCAACAAGCCCAGUCUGGUACAGGGAAGACAGCAACUUUUUGUUCUGGUGUCCUGCAACAGCUUGAAUAUGGCUUGGUUGAGUGCCAGGCCUUGGUGCUUGCACCGACUCGAGAACUCGCUCAACAGAUUGAGAAGGUUAUGCGUGCGCUUGGAGACUAUCUUGGUGUGAAGGUGCAUGCUUGUGUUGGUGGAACAAGUGUUCGUGAGGACCAACGCAUUCUGUCAAGUGGGGUUCAUGUUGUUGUUGGCACUCCUGGGCGUGUUUUCGACAUGCUGAGAAGACAGUCUCUUCGUCCUGAUUACAUCAAGAUGUUUGUGUUGGAUGAGGCUGAUGAAAUGCUUUCACGAGGUUUCAAGGAUCAGAUCUACGAUAUUUUCCAGCUUCUACCAGGAAAGAUCCAGGUUGGAGUCUUUUCUGCCACUAUGCCACCUGAGGCUCUUGAGAUCACCAGGAAAUUCAUGAACAAACCUGUGAGGAUUCUUGUGAAGCGUGAUGAACUCACUCUUGAGGGUAUCAAGCAAUUCUAUGUCAAUGUCGACAAGGAAGAGUGGAAAUUCGACACUCUCUGUGACCUUUACGAGACCUUAGCUAUCACGCAGAGUGUCAUCUUUGUGAACACCCGACGCAAGGUUGAUUGGCUGACUGACAAGAUGCGGAGCCGAGACCAUACGGUCUCUGCCACCCAUGGAGACAUGGACCAGAACACCAGGGACAUCAUUAUGCGCGAAUUUCGAUCUGGAUCUUCUCGCGUCUUGAUCACCACCGAUCUUUUGGCCCGUGGUAUUGACGUCCAACAAGUCUCCCUUGUGAUAAACUAUGAUCUUCCGACACAGCCGGAGAACUAUCUCCACCGUAUCGGACGUAGUGGUCGGUUUGGUAGGAAAGGUGUAGCCAUCAACUUCAUAACGACCGAUGAUGACAGGAUGAUUUCUGAUAUCCAGAAGUUUUACAAUGUUGUGAUCGAGGAGCUGCCAUCAAACGUUGCUGAUCUGCUGUGAGGAGAUUGCUUCAAUGUGUUAGUUCGGAACUUGUUAACUACGUUUAUCUGAAGGGCUUUCAUCUACAUGUCUUUUUUUUCUUUUCUUUCCAGUUUUCCCUUUCCUCGUCUUGUUUAGUAGAUUAGUUUCUUCGUUUUAAGGUGUUUGACUGUUCAUGAAGUACUUGCAAUGUUAUAUCAUUGCCAGAUUUUGCUUUGUCUGUGGCAGUCGUCCCAAGUUUUCUGCCAAUUAUAUUUUAUAAUGCAUGUGCUUUUCUAAAGCCUUGUUUGUUA